GACUCGAUCUCAAUAACAAAAGUUGGCGUCGCUACGUCAAGUUCAGGGAAUACUACUAUCCUUUGCCAACGUCCAAUGGGUGAAAAUAGGAAGUCGCUGAAUGAUACAUGUGCAAAAAAUUGCGAAAUGAGUAGCAGUUCUACGGGUAUAAAACUUGGAUCUCAAACAUCAGAUUACUAUCGAACAGAUAAAAGAUUGCCAUAUCGCUUUAACAAUCCUGAUAAGUUUGGGGGUUAUGAUGGCCCGAAAUUAAACCCACUGUAUAGAACGACAAAUUCAGAAUAUGGUAGGCUUAAACCAAACGUACAUACGAUGAAUGUCGUCUAUUACAACAAAAAUCAGGAAUUUUCCAAGCGUUACAUGAAAGCUGGCAAUUACAGGAAUCACUCCUUGAACACUGCAAUCGAUCAUAAAUAUUCAUAAUAUUAUGAAUAUAUAUGUUCAUAAUAAUUACUAUUCCACUGAUUCAGAAAGCCAAGAUAAACCAUAAGAUGUGGCCUAAUGUGUUGGGCUUAUUUCAGUUAUCAACCCUUUGCGUAUAUUGUUACCUACGAAAAGUGUAUGUAUUCUACUCAAAAUACAAUUCAUUUGUGAAUUCAUGA